AGAGAAGAAGAAGAGGAGGAGGAGGAGGAAACCUGGGGCUUCUUUUCUUCAGGCAUUUAACUGGGGGUUUAUGGAGGCUGCAGCCGUGGAAAAUGAAGAUCUCCUCUGUGGUCUUCGCUCUCCUGACUCGAGCGCUGCUUGGAGAUUUGUGUUUGGCCGUCAACGUCACCAUCACCCCCUCCCCCUUCACGGUGGCCCAGGAGGGUCAAAACAUCACACUCUCCUGUGUCGUGUCCCAGCGGCGGCGCAACGCUGCUCUGCCCGUGGUGAAAUGGACUUUCCUGCCGGCGGGCACCGACCGGCCGGAGGACGAGCUCCUCAUCGCCCGCGUCAACAUGAGGAAGGCCCGUUUCUAUGGCAACUACACAAAGAGUUUCCCGUGGCCCAAGCUGAAGCUGACCGUGGUGAAGCAGGGGAAGAUCUUUGACCUGUUCAUCCUCAACGUGUCCGAGAUGGACCGGGGUCUCUACAUGUGCCGCGUGCAGGAGUUUAAAAAGCACCAGGACCGCUGGAAGGCCUCGUCCAACUGCACCGCUGCUACUGAGCUCAGAGUGCAUGUUAUACCGGCCACCAAGGCCAAAGAGAGCCUGUGGAGCUUGUUUGAAGAUGUGUACCUGUGUGCAGUGCUGAUCUGCUCUGUGGGUCUGCUGUGCAUGUGCAUGUUCACGGUGACAGUAACCUGCCAGUACAUACAGAGGAAGCAGAGGUUAAAAGAUAAUUACCACUUGGUCAAAAGUCCACAGAACAGCUCAGGGGAGACGGUCACCAGCUUGGUCAGCGUGUCUCCGGCUCUGCCUAAGAAGGAGAGGAGGUACAGGAAGAAGAGAAGCAGAGACUACCAGGAGGAGAUACCACCAGAGAUACCAGCAAAAGCUCCCAUCGGAGACAAAACACGGAAACCCAAACUUUUAAAACCACAACCAAGGAAAGUAGUGUUGCCGAAGAUAGUGGAGGAGAAUCUGACCUACGCGGAGCUGGAUCUGGUGAGGCCGAUCCCGGACAGCAAGGCGUCGUGUAGCGGCACCGUGUACGCUCAGAUACUGUUUGGGGAGGAGCAGCUAUGAGAAACACAAACCACUAUUAGCUGUGUCGUAUGUAAAAAGAAUCGUCUACUGUAUUUAUAGUCUGUAUUAUUUUGUAUUUAGAUGUUUUUUGCAAGGAAAAAAUGUGUAAUUCCACAAUAAUUGUACAUAUGAUUAUUUUGUAUUCUUUGAUAUAACUCUCUUAAGACCAAGAUGCAAAAGGAAAACGUUUUGUAUACUGGAGUAUUUCAUAUUGAAUCUUUUGCACCCACAUUUGAAUCCUGUGUAGCUUAAACUAGGAACGCAAUAGAGGACUAUGGUGCUGAUUUAGACCAGAUUCGUCCAUCGUGAUAAUCGGAGGUCGGAUUAGAUAUUUAACCUUGCAGGCCAAUCUGCCCCCUUCACAUCAAACAGGCUUCAUUCGACAUUUGCAACACAGUAUCAUGGCCACGGAAAGUCAAGUUCACUGUGGGGUGAGGUGGAGCGAGAUCCAUAAGGCAGUUAUUAGCCCAGUGGUCUAAUGUCCGUGCAUUAAGUUUGGAACAGGAAACACCAGGUGAUUUGCUUAUCUUAGCAUAAAGAGUGAAAGCAGGGGAAAACCAGCUAGCUUGCUAAUAUGGCUAUGGGAAUUUCUGCAGCCUAACUGUUUCUUGGCAAACAUUUUCUGGUUGUUCAUGUCUGUGUGUUAAGUAAGGAACUAAAACAUGAGGUGAUUAGCUUAGCAAAAAGAGUGAAAGCAAUGGAAACCAGCUUAGUCUGCCUCUAGCUAACAUGGCAAGGGGGAGUCAAUGCGCUGUAAUUGCUUCUGGACUAAUGUCUCACAGUUGUUGUUUGCUAUAAACAAGAGCGUACAUAACUCGCUUUAAAGCUACAAUUUGUUUUGUUUUUUUCCCAUUUCUGUAUGUGUACGGAUAAAACAAAGUGUUUAUUAAUGAGCUUUAAAGGUGCUUGUAGGUGUAUUUUGGAACUUUAGAUUUUUUUAAAGACAAAUUGUUUUCCCCUGUAUCUAGUCCUUGGGACUCUCUGAGCUAUGCUAAUUAGCUUCAAGUUUAGUUUAGUUUCCAUUCGUCAAUUCGAUCAAAUGCUUUAUACUCCAAUGAGAUUGUAGCUUUUCAUUGGUGCGCCGUGCUAUUUCUGUAUAGUUUUUAACCAACUGGCCAAAAUUUCAGAAACGCAGGCUACUAGCUAGCAGUUAGCUAACGUUACACUCACAAACAAAUUGUUUCAGUUAAUUCACCCGUCCUGGCGCUCAGUAACUAUUUAUGAACACACCCUAAAUGAGCAAACUUAAGGUAUCAAUCUUCUUAUGUAUGCAAUUUCCCAAAAUGUGGAACUAUUACUUUAAAAAUACAUUACUGUCGAUGCUGACAUUUUAAUGUCGUGCAAUACAUAUUGGUCCCUGUGUGAUCCAGCCAUUUGAACUCACUAACGCAGUUAAAUGUGGGAAACCCCGUCUAGCAUGAGCAGAUUUUUGAAGGCGAGACAAGGUAAAUUAAAGACAUCCGUUGUUAUUCCACAUGAAUUGAUGCGUUAUCAAAUGCGAUUUACCUCUGGUGUGUUCCCAGCACUAUCUGCCUCACAACAUCUGUGUUCAGUCCCUUUUUUCUGUGUCAGGAUGCCGUUCAUAAUGACCACAUGUCCACAGAGUUGAUAUUAAGGUGGCCAUUAGCCCCACAGCCAAGUAUGUGAGACCAAGUGAACCCUUUCAUCUGGUGCCAACAUCAACUUAACAGGCCGUUAGCGACUCACACACACGAACAUAUACAUACAAGGGUGGAGUUGCAUGAAGGCUAAACACCCUUCUAGACUGAAACACACAAAGGCACAUGCUAUAAAUCCAAAAAGGCUGCAAACAACUGUGACACCUGAUCUACAAACUAAGCUUGGUGUUUGGACUGUUUCACGUUGAUGUGACUCAUGGUUUAUUUCAAACCUUGGGGUGAUUUUGUUGUUUGAGAUAAGAGCCGGGGGCCAAAUCAGCUGUAAUCCUGCAUACCUUUGGACAGGCUCCUUGCUUUCUCACUUCCCAUGAAUCUGAGUGUGAAAGUGCUUAGGCUUAUUUUUCCCUUUAAUGAUCCUCUGGAUUCAGGCAUGGAAAAGCAAAGGAGAGGUUUUUUUUGAAACAGUGAACUUGAAACCCAGACUCAAAGGCACCGGAUCCCUCCCUUUCCCCGAGACCUCCACUAUCUUAUGUGGAGUGAGCCGUGAAGUGUGAGCAGUGGUGGAAGAAGUACCCAGAUCUUUUACAUGACUAAAAGCACCAAUGUGACAAUCUUAAAGUACCUUAUGGCACAUAAAAGUCCUGCAUUCAAAGUCCUUCUUGAGUAAAAGUACGGAAAUAUUAUCAGCACAAUGUCAUUAAAGUCUCAAAGUAAAAAUAAAAGUCCCCGUACCAUGUGACAAGAGGUCCCAGCCAGACACUGACGGACCACAAAAAGGUUGGGAACCACUGGUGUUUACUAUAAUGUGUGUAUUUUUUAAACCUAUUGUUUCGUGUUAAAUGUUGCCCUAUUACCUGUAACUAUAAAUGUCAGAUACAAACAGUGAUGUAAAAAGAACAAUAUUUCCCUCUGAAAUGUAUUUGUGAAAUGUAGUAGCAGAAAAUUGGCACACACAAUACUCAAUACUAUACACUUACCUCAGACAUAUACUUAUACAGUAUCAUAUAAGUACAGUACUUUACAGAAAAAGUCAAUCAACUACAUUCCUGCAAAAGUUGACAUUUCCCCCACUUUUUGUCAAAUGUAGCUAAACCAGCUUGUUACUUCUGUUGAGGAACUUGAGCACAGUGAUAAAAGAUAAAAUAAUUGAAUUCAGAGCUAAGUUAUGACUUCCUGAGAAGCUAAGUAGCAACUAUGGUUAGCUAGCUAGCAGCUGACGUACAUGUGGAAUUCAUUGGACUGGUGUGAUUAAAGGAUCCAUCCUCGCAACCAAAAGGUAGUGAAGUUAUAGUUAAAAUGUCGUAUGAUAUCCACAAACAUUCUUUCUUUCCCUGCAUGUUAAUUACACCUCAGUUCAAACCCCCUAUUGACCUCCAUUCAGUGACCAUUCCAGUUUUCCAUUGUUGUUCUCUUGCAUAUAUUUCAGUUGCACAUUGUGUAUUAUCCAUAUAUGAAAUGGCUGAAAGUGACCUUUCAGUGGCGGGCAUGAGUGUCUUAAAAAUGCCCUCAAACUGUGAAAUGUAGAGUUUGUUUCCAGACCACAUUGUCCUUUAAUGGGACUCCACUAACUAGAACCAUGUGUGUGAAUUGUGCCUCUCUGCUCUCUCCCUCACUCUUCUCCCUCUCUCCGCCUACCACUGACCUCUGCAUUCAUCAGCAUUCCAGCGUUUGUACUUCUGUUCAUUUCAUCUGUACACUGUGUAUCAGUAAGUGAAAUAAAUAUAAAAGUGGAUGUGAGCAGUAUGCUGCCAGAGA